ACUUCCUUUAUCUUUCUUUUGUUUUCUGUAUUUUCAUUUUACUCUUAUUUGGGCUUAGUAUAUUUAUAUCAAAAACACAACACAACAUUUUCAUUUAAGAUAGAAUCAAUGGGAGAAGAAGCAACUCUUGUAGUUUCUCCAAUAAAUUCUCAAGAAACUCAAGAAAAUGACAACAAAAAUGAGCCAAAAGAGAAAGUUGAAGAAAAUGCUCUUGCUCUUGUUCCAUUUAUAGAGGAUAAUAAAGAGCAAAUCUCUCCCUCCAAACCUCCUCCUCUUGCUCCAGAAAAGGCUGCAGAUUCUGGAAUUCAGAAAAGUACAGGGAAUUCCAACGACAGAGAUGCUGCCCUUGUAAAAGUUGAAUCAGAGAAAAGAUUGGCUUUGAUCAAGGCAUGGGAAGACAAUGAAAAAGCAAAGGCUGAUAAUAAGGCAUUUAAAAAGUUGUCUGCUGUUGGAGCUUGGGAGAACACUAAGAAGGCAACUAUAGAAUUUGAGCUGAAACAAAUUGAGGAAGAAUUGGAGAGGAAGAAAGCAGAAUAUGCAGAGAAGAUGAAGAACAAGAUGGCUGUAAUUCAUAGGGAAGCAGAAGAGAAGAGGGCACUCAUUGAAGCAAAUCGAGGCCAAGAUUUUCUAAAAGUAGAGGAAACUGCUGCAAAAUUUCGUGAAACUGGAAUUCCCAAAAAGUUCUUGGGUUGCUUUGGCCGCUAAAUUCUUUUUUUCAAAUUUCUCAAAAACAGUCAUAUGCAGACUCAGCACUGUGUUUUUUCCUUAUUUGUUACCAUGACCUUUUCUAGUUUUAUUUCUUUGAGUUGUUUGGGUAUAAUUGCUUAAUCAUUGAUCCUUUUGUGUAUAGAGCAAGUUCUUGUUUAUAUUUUUGAAAGAACAAUCAUGUGGAACAAAAACUCAGAAUUUCUGUUAA